AACUCAAGCCCACCUCAGCUCCGUAACAUACUCUUUGCCACAUGUUAAAUCCAAACUCAAAACCCAUCUGUUUAAAGUAGCCAAUGCACUGUGACUGAGAAGUAAAUUUUGAAAUAAAGACUAGCACACUCACAAAUACUGAAAUAUUUUUCAUUUCUGGAAAGUGUGGGGAGGGGGCACCACAAAGAAGGAAGGACAUCAAAAUGCAUAGCACCGGCCCUGAAAACAUCUCUUUGGAACAGCAACAUGACUAAACGGUGGUCAUGUGAUUUUUUUUUUAAUAAAAAAGCAUGAAUAAUUAAUAGAUGUGUGACUCCCAAUCAGUCAGAUUUACUCACAAAAUAUCCCCUAGUUCAGUUACUUGUGAACCCAGCACAUUUCACACCCUUACAAAGAAGAUCUUUGAUCAUUAAACUGAUUACAGCCUGGAAACCUCACCAGCAUCUAUAAAAGGACUGGGCUUCUCUACACAGUUUUCAGUACUACAGAGAAAGGUCAACUUUCCAUCAGACAAUAUGAAAGCGCUGAGUCUACUUGUGUGUUUGUCAGUAGGCUGCUUCGCUCAAAAGCCAUGUGCAUCCCCAUCACUGAUGUCUGGGAGCCUCUCUGUGUCCACCCAAAGUGACAGGCUGGCAGCGCUUGCCAAGUACUCCUAUGAUGCAGUGGGACAACGCAUCAGCCUUCGAGAKUUAGGAACUUUUUACAAUAAAACCUUCUUCCACCUGGACAUACUUCUGCUCUACAGACAGGGUAUCAUGUACAAGAUCAACAGGAAGACCAGUACGUGUGUAAAGAAGCAGCUGACUGAAAGCUUYCACCCUUUGGCGGUUCCAAAUGACGCCUCCUUAGUGGGGCAGUUUGUUUUGGGCAGCUCUUCUGUUCCAGGCGAAGGAAUCCUGGUCAACACAUGGWCAGGGMAGCUGCAGAUGAAAAAAGGCACAGCGGAGUACAUUGGCACUGUUACAGAGUUUGGAUGUCUUCCUAUCAGYACUAUGUUUUGUAAAGACAAAACAGGCUGGGUGUUGGUCAGCUUUUUCAAUAACAUUGCUGGAGCAGCAGACCCUGAAGAUUUUACUCCCCCGCUGUUCUGUAACAGUGCCCAGCUGGAGGAAGACGAGGAACAGAAUCURACAGCCAUCUUCAGCUUGUUUUGAAACACUGGCCUCUUCAGAGUCCUGAUGCAAUGUGAUGCUAAUGCGUGAUUCUCUGCAAUAAACUUCCUUUUUUAGUAGUUUUGUUUGAUGCAGUAGCAUUUCUGAACAUGCUGAGAGUGAAUAAAAUUUUUGAUGUUGUUUA